AUGGAGGGUAUUACAGCAGACGUGAUUCUCAAAACCAACUCUGAACUGGCUCAGGACAGGACCGACGCGAAAAAUGCUGCAAUCCGCAGGCCCGGUGCAAAGGUGAAUGUGAUGAGUGAUGAAGAAUGGAAGCGAAGAGUCAAGGUGGCUGAAGAGAACAGAAAGAAGAGAGAAGAGGCCGAAAAAGAUGAAAAGCUGCGCCAGUAUUAUAAAAAGCAAAGGGAGGAAGAUCUGCAGCGGCAGCUCAAACAGUAUGUGACUAGCCUUGCCCGGAACAGCAAGCGAGACCAGAAACAUCAAGAGUUGUACCGACAGAUACUGAGAGAGGCACUUGACUUGGAGGAGCUGGGAGAGGAUGAACUUCAGGUCUGGGAGCAUGCAAGCAAGACGAUGUCUUACUUUAUGGCAAAACUUGACAUAGCCCACGAUUGGUGGACCCAUCCAAAGGAACAGAUGGCUGGUCUUGAGGAAAGGUUCAAGCAUGCGGUUCUGCCUACUUCCCGGAAGGAUGCCGACUACUGGUAUGACUUUCCCAACUUCUCUGACCGUUUGACAAUGGCCUUGAAAGAACACCAGCAACUGGUCACCAAGUUCGGAAAUGUGACCUACAAGAUCUCAAACCCACCGGCAAACGAGUGGGUCAUUUACUCCCUCGGGGCAGUUCCCCACCUUGUUGAUGACAACAAACCCAAGAAUAUUGAAGAAUGGAAGAAGUUGAUGAAAGAUGCUCUUGAUAAUAAAAAGCACCCGAAGGCCCCUACGAUGGACUCUGAACUGGCCGAGGUCCUUAACAACCACAUCAAGGAUUGGGAGGAGGCUAAAGCGGUUCGGGAUCUGGCAGAGCAUCCUGAGAUUGACGCCUGGUUCCCUCUCGUGAAUUUCAGGGGCUUUUUGAUCAAGGAGCUACAGGGCGACGAUGAGAUCAAACUAUUGAUCGAGGAUAUUGCGCUUGCUGACUAA